AUGCGUCCGAGACACGCCCUUGAGCACACAAAGUGGUGCUCGAAGAAGAAGGGGCAGUACACGGUCUACGUGGAUGGCGAAGGUGCGCAACACAGCGUCAAGGUGACGGAUGUCACUGGCGUUGGCUGCACGGUGGAGUUCUGCGAUGGCCAUCGCAUGGACGCCAAACACAGCGGCAGCUGUGGAGACGGCGGCAAGCGGUCCUGCAUAGCUGAUGGUGACGAGGAUGGAUAUCCCACCAGCUCCAAGCGGGAAACGGACAAUGUCUUGUACAUUGACCAGAAUCAGAAGCAGUGGCCUGCAAAGAUCUCGAAGGCCGGGGUAUUUCCACACUGCGAGCGACUUGUCUGA